AUGUCUAGCCCCAUUAUGAAUUUCUCAAACGUGAUGAAAAAGGUGAAACUUACUGAUGUUGGCCAACUGAGAUUAGAUGGUGGUGGUAGUAGUAGUUCUUUGACUAAGAGGGUUCCUGAUUUUAACCAUUCUACAUUUCGUGAACUAUUAGCUAAAGCUAGGGAUGAGCAAGAGGAUCGAACCGGCUGGAACCGGCCCGAACCGGACCGGAACCGGGAACCGGCUUCGGCCAAAAUCAAGAACCGAACCGGCCCGGCGGUUCUAUCGAUUCUGGUUCUACCGGUUCCCGGUUCCUACCGAUUCUUGUCGUGUCUUCAAAUGUUGGAACCGACCUUUGAAAAAUAG